CACCGUUUAGCGACGUAGCUCUUGUUAGCUAAGGACGGACUUCAUCACCUGCUCUAAGCUGCUAAUCUCAUGCUAGCACGCUACCUGUAGUUAUUGUUCACGUAUCCAACCGCUUUCCUCGCGUCACCGGCCGCUGUCUAACCGCAGGCCCCCAUUCUGUCAGUCUCCUUGAGUGAUUGAAUGCGGUGAGACUGACAUCAGUGGACAAGCACACACACAAAGGGCCGCUAAUUGGUCAAGGAUGACCAUGGACCACACAAAGAAUGAAGCCGACACCACCUCCAUAGUCUCCAUGGCUCUCUACUCUGUGAUGUAUCCUGUCUUUAACCAGCUGGAGCAAGUCAACUUAUCAGCAGCACAGACCUUGAGAGCUGCUUUCAUAAAGGCAGAGAAGGAGAACCCAGGUUUGACCCAGGACAUUGUUAUCAAGAUACUGGAGAAGAAGAACUUAAAAAUCAACUAUAGUGAGGCUCUGCUUCGCAUGGCUGCAGAUGAUGUGGAAGAGUUCACGAUUGACAGGCGAGAGCCAGAGUUCCAGGAGCUGAACGAGAGGGCCCGAGCUCUGAAACACAUCCUCAGCACCAUACCAGAUGAGAUCAGUGACAGAGUAGGCUUCCUACAGACCAUCAAAGACAUUGCCAGUGCCAUAAAGGAGCUGCUAGACACAGUUAAUACUGUCUUCAGGAAAUACCAGUAUCAGAACAGACGGGCACUGGAACAGCAGAAGAAAGAGUUUGUGAAAUACUCCAAGAGCUUCAGCGACACACUCAAAACCUACUUCAAAGAUGGAAAAGUGAUAAACGUGUUUGUCAGCGCCAACCGGCUCACCCACCAAACCAACAUGAUACUGCAGGCCUUCAAGACCGUGGUGUGAGCAGCCUGAGAAGACACACACACCAACAGACAUUUUCAUUAGAAAAAAGGUGGUAUGAAGCUGUUUAAUUUGUAAAGACAUUGUAUUAUUAUGGGCUGUAUAAUUUAUAAUUCUCUGGCUUUGACGAGAGAUCAGGUAGUUUGAGGUUCAAAGCAAAUCAGGUUGACAGUAAUUGCCAGGGAUUUUUAACUGUCUUUUAUGUUGUUCUUUUAUCAGAUUCUUAAGUUGAUAUUUCUUCAUUCCUUUAUAUAUUUCCCUCUCUGUUCAGUACCAUGUAGGGGAAAUGUGAUCAUUUUCCAUGUCCUUAAAAGUUUGAAAAAUAUUGCAAAAGAUUGCAAAAGUUACGAUAAAAAGAAGUGGCAUUCAGUUUCCAAACACAUUCCCACAUUUUUGGGCUUUCACUUACUUUCAACUUAAAUCUGAUAUGUUCAGAUCAAGGUAUGGAGAAAUUGAAAUGGAGACUGUGUUCACUGUCAGCUCUCUUUGUCCUGUACUGUUCUGGUCUGCACUGCUUCACCCAGUGCAUCAUAAACAACACAACCCAUCCAGGUGAGCAGUAACUCACCAGCUGUGCGGUCUGUCUUUUCACUGUAGUUGCAGAAAUAUAUAUAGAGUCUUCACAUUUACUGCCCACUAACAAUAGAUAGUCCACUAUAUAAAAGAACACAUUGCUCUUAGGUAGGUGACUGCACAUGUAAAAUCUUGAGAGAAUGAUCUGAUCCAAGAAUUAUUUGGGAUGAGAUUAUAUACUGGGGUUGUGUGUGUCAGUUUUUUGAACAUUAGAGGUUGCAAAAAGUGUUUGUAUAUAAGAUUUUUUUCUAAAUUAUCUUAUGGUCAUUCAGAAGGUGUAUGUACUUAUACCAAAAGCAAAUCCACAGUGAAACACUUGGUCUUUUAUUUUUUGCUGUAUAUUUGUUUUCUUUUUUUUGGCCCUGAGUGAAAGUGAUAUACUGUAGAUAAACAUACAGUAGAUACACAGUAUCACACAAAGCUACACAAGACUAAAACUAAUAUCUAAAACUCCAAAACUGAGAUGAUUGCAGAGUCCUUCAAAACUAUAUUUUGGGGUGAUUAGGGAGAAGAGGUUACAGCACAAGAAGUUACAGAACUUCACCAAAACUCCAUUGAACAUCUCAGACUGCGUAAAUGUAAUAAAAGGUGAAUAUUUAUUUUGGCUCUCAGACCAACAGACACAAACAUAGAUGAAUACAAUCACAAACUGGCAUUUAACAACUUGUUUGAAUUUUCAUCCCCGGAAUUUGAAGUAGCGUGUGUGUGUGUGUGUGUGUGUGUGUGUGUGUGUGUAUAUAUUAUUACAGAAAUAUAUUUGACUAAUGUGAAUGUAUCAUUUCUUUUUCUGUUUUCACUCUUUGUGAUACUUUAAUUGCAAAGGCCAUAACAACAUUCCUUCAGCCAAAUAUUAUUGAGACCUGAAAUUCAAAACAACUAUUAAACAAGAUUAAUGAA